CAUCGUCAUACACUCACGGUACAAUUAAUCCUCCAAGCCUCGCUUGGCACUGUUGCGCGCUUAUUUUUGAGGUAGCUAGUGCUAGCUAGCUGAUUUAAAUUCUAAUAUUUUUGCAAAGAUAUAUUAACUAUGCCGAACUUUUGCGCUGCCCCAAACUGCACAAGGAAGAGCACACAAUCCGAUUUGGCAUUUUUCAGGUUUCCAAGGGACCCUGAACGAUGUAGAAUCUGGGUGGAGAACUGCCGGCGGGCAGAUCUGGAGGCGAAAACAUCAGAUCAACUUAAUAAGCACUACAGAUUGUGUGCUAAACACUUUGACCCAGCAAUGGUCUGCAAAACGAGCCCUUAUAGGACUGUACUCAAAGAUACUGCCAUUCCAACUAUAUUUGAUUUGACAAGUCACCUCAAAAACCCGCACUGCAGGCAUCGUAAACGGAUCAAAGAACUGACGGAAGAAGAUAUAAGGCGGAUUAAAGAGAGAAGAUUGGCAUCUUCUAUCGAACAACUGCACUCUAAGAAAGACAAUGCUGGAGCGGAGGAUGGUAGUGGAACCAACGGCGAUGAACCACAGUUAUCUCCAGAGGAAAAGGACUUCCGAGGUUACCUGAGAUCCCUGUUUGAGGUUAUGGUUAUGCUAGGAAAGCAGAACAUCCCUCUGGAGACCAAUGUCCCUGCAGAAACAGAUAAUUGCCCCAGUAAUUUCCAAGCCCUACUGGAGUACCGCAUCAAUGCUGGAGACGAAGCUCUGAGGAAGCGCUUUGACACCACCGCGGUGAACGCAGAGUACUUGACCACGGUCCAGCAGAGCCAGCUUCUGGAAGUCUGUGAAAACACAGUCAGAGAGGAGAUCCUCAUGGAGGUGAGGGAGAGUCGUUUCUUCUCCGUGGUCACAGGGGACCUGGUGGAGUUCUCCAGCGAGAGACAUCUACCCCUCUUUCUGCGUUUUGUGGAUCAAUCCAGUGCCCUGAGGGAGGAGUUCCUGGACUUCUUGCCAUUUGAAGGAGAGGAAGCCUCCUUAGUGGACAGGCUGGAGGCCCAGAUAACAGAACGGUGGGGGCUUAGCAUGGAGGACUGCCGUGGACAAGCCCACGUGGCUACGGGUACUUCCGCCACCAAAAUGAAAGCUGUGGCCCUCACCCUGAUGGAGAAGUAUCCCAUGGCUCUGUACACACCCUGUUCCUCCUGUGCACUCAACAUCCACCUGGCCAACAACCUUCCCUUCCCCAGUGUCCAGGUCAUCAUGUCAACUCUGAGGAAGAUUGAAGUUUUUUUCAGGGCGUCGCCAUCCUUGCAGGCAGAGUUGGAGAAGGCCAUCUCGGUGUUUUACCAAGGAGGCGACGAGAAGGGAGCAGAGCUGAAGCAGGCCAGUGGCUCAAACUGGACCGGCCAGCACAACGUCUUUGACUUGACUGUGGACAUGCUGGAGUCCCUGGUAUUGUGUAUGGACUGCAUCCGCAACAAUGAGAGUGGUAAAUUCACAGAUGCAGUGACCAGUCAGGCCUACUGCUUCUCAGAAACCCUGGUUGACUUUGAAUUCGUUGUCACCUUGGUCAUCCUCAAGAAUGCCCUCUCCUUCACACGGGCAUUCGGCAGGAAUCUACAAGGGGAAACUGUUGAUGUGUUCUUCGCCGCCAACAGUCUAACGGCCGUCUUGCAUUCACUUAAUGAAGUCAUUGACAACAUUGAGGUAUACCAUGAGUUCUGGUUCGAAGAGGCUGUGAACCUGGCCACUGCAAUGGAGGUCUCAGUGGUGGUGCCCAGACUCUUCCUUCGCAAACAACGUGCUGCAGACCUGGGUGAGAUCCAGGCAGAGACCUACUUCAAGGAGUAUGUAACUGUACCAGUGAUUCGGGGUAUUAUCCAGGAGGUCCAGGAGAUAUUUUCAGAGAGCAAUCUCAAAGCACUCAAGUGCCUGUCCUUGGUGCCUGCCAUCAUGGGUCAGAUGAAGUUCAACACCUCUGAGGAAAACUAUGCAGAUGUGUACCGCAAUGACCUUCCUAACCCCGACACACUUCCUGCUGAGCUUCACUGUUGGAGAAUCAAGUGGAAACACAGAAGUAAGGAGGUCCGUUUGCCUUCCACCAUCCACGAGACCCUCCAGCUCUCUGACGUCAAAUUCUUUCCCAACGUCAACUCCUUCCUGAAGGUCCUGUCUACACUGCCUGUGCUGAAGCUAGAGGAGGGCUCUACCAACACAGCCAGGAGACGCCUGCAGGUCUACCUCGACAACACGCCGCUCGGACGCAAGUGCAAGAGACUGGCUGUGCUCAACAUUAACUCUCAAGUUAAACACGACCUGGAUGUCAUGGUGGACAAAUACUGCAGAUUGUACACUGAGGAUGAACCUGAUGCAGACCCAGAGCCCGAGCCAGAAGGAGAGCCAGAAAGGGAAGCAGAGCCUGAGCCAGAAAGAGAGAAUGAAAAAGUCACUGAAAUGACAUAAGCCGUUGAGACUGUGCCUGUUCAACAUACAGUUCAUGCUAAAUCAAUGACAUUAAAAUGGCUGUGGUUUCUCAGCUCUGUUCCACUGUUUAAUAUGUAGAUAUGGACAAUGAAGUCUAAGGAAAAAGGACAUUCAGUAUUUUUUUGUAUAAUUUUGUAAUGUCUUGACUAUUAUAAUUUCAAAAAGUUCAUUAAUUAAAACAGAUUUUUUUUUUCUUUCUCAAAAUCACCGACUUCUUGGUGUCUUC